AUGUCGGUGGCCCAGAUUGUGCCCGCAGAGGUGGUCCAAGAAGUAGCUGGUCCACAAUCCUUUAUCCAUGCCAUCUUCUGCCAUUACAAAAACAGCAGUCUUCCGAGCUUUUAUAGGGUGGCCAAAGCUGUCACUGAACCUCCCUGUCGCGCCGAUGUUGGCACGGCGACCGAACAUGAAAAUUACGAAUAUGACACGAGACGAUGGGAUGUGAGAGGCGGCCUGGCUGCCUACCUUGACGUUAUAAAGGAACCGUGGAAAAUUCCAACCGACGAGCUUGAUAGGAUCGGUGCCCGUCUACCCAUACGCAAACGAGAGGCUUCAGCAGCUCUCAGAGAUAUGUGGCGGGACCACCCUGGCAGGUUCAGAUUUUCUGCUGUAGCCGCAACAAUUUAUUUCCUAAAUUCCCUCCCUACCACCACAAGAAAGCAUAUACGCCGGAUUCAUCUUGACGAGGACAGAGUAUCGGUUUCCCAUCCCGAGUGCCCUAUACGCGGUCUUUUGCUUUUUUACCUGGAAAAUCCAGGACUCAUGAUAGAGCGACGUGCUAGUCUUUGGAACAAUCUCUUCCAAGCAAGAGCUUGGGGCGAGGCUAGCGGGAAAUUUCUAGAUCCUUUUAGCGGGUUCACGGUUGGCCUGCUCAACUGGGGCGCGACGGACCAUGAUGCCUUGCCAGCGAACCAUGUCACGAGGCAAGUAGCGUUAUGGAUGGCAGAAGCCUCACAUCCUGGUAUAUCUGACGCCUUGAACUUAGUUCUCGACGGCGGCCCAACACAGGACCGGUCGGCCGACGUGUUUCGCGAAGUUGUUCAGCGAGACGCUGCUUGGCAAGUUGCAAAGGAACGUCGGUUCAACGAUCCUAAGCGCACUCUCUGGAUGCGGAUGGAAACUGCGGAAAAUUACUGGCAUGUUGUUAGGUUCCCUCAGCUGCUGGCCGACAUCAAUAAGCCAACAUCACGCACAAGAUGCAAUUUCGACCCAGGUCAACCAUGGGACGACGACCAGAUCAACCAGAUCAUCAGCGCCAACCAGAUCGCCGAAGAUGCCCUUUCGCCCAGUCGUUAUGACAUGAACAUGCAGCUGCUCCCCGUGGAUCCAUUAGACGCAUGGGGGUUGGGGAGGGACCUAGACUUCGACACGGCUUCUCCCUUGAAGUCAUUUGAUUGUCUUCUUGAAGAAAACAUGGAUCCGGGACACUUGGCUUGGGAGCCACCCUGGUAG